AUGUUUAUUUAUUUAGUAGCUUCAGUGGCUACGUUAGUUUUUAUUUUUGGACUUUUUCAUGUCAAACUUCUGUAAGUAAAAUUAUUGUAAAUUAUAUUUUAACUAAUUUUUUUAAAUCAAAUAUGUUUCUAAUUUUAAUUAGUGAUAAUUGGUUACGAUCAUCGAUACGUAAUUCACUGACUCUAUAUAAUGGCUUGACAUGCAGACCCACGGUCCAAACGACAUUGAAUAAUGAAAAUUCGGAAAAUAAUUUGACAACUGAAGGUCCCGUGGCAAUCAAUGAUAUAGUAGAGGAAUUUCUAACACAGAAGACAGUAGUUAGCAAUAAUGAAAAAUCGGAAACCUUCCUAAUAGAGGUCGGAAGUAAAUCAAAGAAUUUGAAUCUACCACGGUAUUCCUUAGAAGACAUAGUACCAGAAGAAAAAAACAAAGAUCUUGGAUUACCUAGUAUA